AUGGCAUCAGGUUCUGGAGAAAAUCAAGCUACCAAUGUCGAGUUCAAACACUUUAAUGUUGUGCCAGAGGCAUCAGAUCAUCACUACAGGAUGUCUAAACAGUCAAAAAGUUUGUCUAAAGUCGACAGCUUUGCUUAUCGAAAAAUUAUGAAGGAAUGGAGAAGCCUCGAGAGAGAUCUUCCCGAAUCCAUUUAUGUCCAGGUUUAUGAGACAAGGAUUGAUCUGCUUCGUGCUGUGAUUAUUGGCGCUGAAGGAACGCCUUACCACAAUGGUCUCUUUUUCUUUGAUAUUUGCCUACCGUCUGACUAUCCAUUUCGACCUCCAAAGGUGUACUAUCAUUCACACGGCCUUGAUUUGAAUCCAAAUCUUUAUGCCGAUGGAACAGUUUGCUUGAGCCUCCUCAACACUUGGUAUGGGGCUAAAACGGAGAAGUGGAAUCAGAAUUCUACUAUUCUUCAGGUUUUGGUAUCCAUUCAAGGGCUCGUGCUUAACGACAGACCCUAUUUCAACGAGCCUGGCUACGAACGUGGCAAAAAUUAUAAUUGUCCAAAAUGGAUGAAACAAGUCGUAACAUAUAACGAGAAGAUUCCAUCCAUUAUGGCAUAUCAAGAUUUUUCCUUGCUGGUUGGUGCAUCUGAGAUUAAAGCCUCGAUAACAUUUAAGUGGAAUUUGAGAAGCAUGCAUUCGAAGCUCAAAAAGGUGUUUGACACAAUUUCAAAGCCAAACAUCAAGAACUCAGAGAAACUAGAAAAUGUUAAAAAGGAGAUGAAGCCAUAUAUGUUCCAAAUUGAUUCCAUAGUUCCUAAUCUUUUGGAUCUUAAGGGCAUGAACUCCUGCAUUGGUGAGGUUUCGGCUAGUCUUCUUGCUGAUCCGUUCAAUAGUUCUGAGAUUUUUGAAGCAGCGUCACUGGGAAAGGCUUUCACGAUUGCGUUAGAGUUCUCGGCUUAUUAG